AUGGAAGCAAGCUGCGAUGCAAGGCUGAGAAAUCGAUGCAAGGCUGAGAUUCCCAAGACAGGCCUGCUGAUGGCUGUUCUGGGUGUGAUCUUCAUGCAGGGCAAUUGUACUAGUGAGGAGCAAGUCUGGGAAAUCCUGAAUGUGAUGGGGUUCUAUAAGGGGAGAAAGCACUUCAUUUUGGGGGUGCCUAAGAAGCUCAUUACCAAAGAUUUAGUGCAGAAGUACCUGGUGUUCAAUAGUGAUCCUCCAUGCUAUGAGUUCCUGUGGGGCUCUAGAGUCCACGCUGAAACCACCAAGAUGAAAGUGCUAGAGUUUAUGGCUAAGAUCCAUAAUGUGGUCCCCACUGCCUUCCCAUCCUUGUAUGAGGAGGCUUUGAGAGAUUAG